GCGCAGACUAGAAAUCACUGAAACAGCGCCACCAACAGUCUCAGCGCCCGAUCAGCUUUAUAGGCGUGGCGCCUCUUGCCACACGGCUGAACUUUGUCGACAUCUCAAUCGCUUCCUGUUUCUCUUCUCGUUGCCACUGAUUCAUCUCUCUACUACGUGGCGUUUCUAUCGCUAGUAUGUCCCAAUACGCUCUAAUCACAGGAGACGAUGGCUUCGGGCCUAGUCUACCUGGCUAUUUCGAUUUCACACUGAGGUUUGAGCACAUCUUCUUCACUAUCGUUCCUAGUGUAUUGUUUCUUGUUGCCGUGGUUAUAAAGCUUUGCACAUCCAAUAAAAACCUUGCGGUGGUGAAGCGAGGCGUUUUGUUUUGGUUGAAAAUGGCCCUUGGUAUUGCGGCGUUCGCACUGGAAAGCACUGCUCUUGGGCUCUGGGCACGUACCGCCCCAGAACCAGUCGUGCUAACGGCGGCCAUAGUGUCAGUCUUAGCAUCCAUGAUGCUAAUAGCGGCGCUCUACGUCGAACAUUUCUUUUCCUAUGCACCGUCUCUACUACUGGGUUUCUACUAUAGCUUGAUGGUCCUUUUUGGUAUUGUCAAGUCCAGAUCCUUGGCUAUGCGACCCGGUCUCGAGGCUAUUUUUGCAACUUCGGUUGCCAGCACCGUGCUUGCGUUGCUGAUUGUGAUUUCCCAAGAAUGGCCAAAACGGCCGCUGUUGUUAGACCGCCAGCGACAGUUGACCAUGGGUACAGAAAGUCUCUCAGGCUUUUGGUGCCGGUCGGUGUUUUGGUGGGUCAACUUCACCCUUGUUAAAGGGUUCGUUUCCAUUUUCUAUACAGACGAUCUGCCUCCUAUGGAAGAGGCUCUUACCUCGCAGCAUCUCUACGAUCAAUUUCGCCAAAAAUGGGCAAAAACGAACAAAACUUCAGCCUAUUCGUUGUUAAGCGUCUGCACCAAGCUUGUUUGGUCACAGUUUUUGAUCGGCUUAAUUCCAAAAAUUGCCCUUGUGGUUCUGUUAAGUAUUCAACCGGUACUAACAAAGACGGUUGUCACCUUGGCGGGUCAAGAAACUAUUCCAGAGAAUGUUGUUGGGGCUACCAUCGGCGGUGGUCUCUUGCUUUACUUUGGCAUUUCGCUCUCGAAUGCUAUCAACGAGUACUUUGUCACUAGGCAGGUGCUUACGAUCCGAAGCUGUCUCAUACCAGCAAUAUAUGCCAAACUCUUCAAUUUGCCUCUUGAGAGUCUGAAGCAUUCGAACGCGCUUACUCUAACCAGUGCUGACAUUGACAAUAUUGUCAUCGGUAUUGUACACUUUAACAAGAUGUUACAAAAUUCGCUACUUACCAUUUCUGGCCUCGUGGUACUGGGAUUUUUAGUUGGCAUAGCAGCUGUUUUUGCCGUCGUUCCCGCCCUGAUUACUAUGAUUAUUAGUAUACGACUAGCGAAGCAAAUGCGACCGGCGCAAACAAUCUGGAAUAUGGCUGUGGACAAACGGUUAUCGGCUACUAGAGAUGCGCUCACCAAUUUAAUCAGCGUGAAAAUGGCCGGUCUAGUCAAUAUUGUCUCGGAAUCCCUUCAAAGACUAGUGGUAGACGAAAUGAACGGCUCUAAAAAGGCACGUCGUUUGAUGACCUCUACCUAUGUGGUUGGCGAGAUCACCGGAGCAUGGAUGGCCAUCGUUGUGCUUGCAGCAGCUUUGUUUUGGACUAGAGCAUCUACUGGCCUUUCCAAAGCCGAGAUAUAUGCAAUCAUUUCGGUUUGCAACCUUAUUACUGAUCCUUUGGCUUUGGUCACGCUAGGAUUUAGUCGAUUUACCUCUGCUCUUGCGUCUCUCGAUAGAAUGCAAACCUUUUUACGACAAGACGACCACCCCGACAUUCGAGAAACAUUUGCAAAAGCGGCGAAUGAAAUGGCACUUGAAAAACCGGCGAUACUAGAAAAGUCUUCGGAGUCCAAGCUUCAUAAAGAUGGAUCGGCCAUUAAAUUGGUAGACGUAUCUACAAAGCCACUACGAAGUGGUCAACAGGUUUUUCGAAACCUUACUGUAUCAUUCCCCGCCAAACAGCUAUCGCUAGUUGUUGGCCCAGUCGGUAUUGGCAAGUCAACAUUCUUAAAGACCAUUAUCGGAGAAGUGAGCAUUUACGAUGGUCAUGUCCUUGUUGAACAAGACGAUAUUGCUUAUUGUGGUGAGAGUCCUUGGCUACAAAACACGACGAUCCAAGGCAAUAUUGUUGGCGAUUACCCCUUCUCCGACAUUCGGUAUCAUUCCAUUAUUGAAGCAUGCGCUUUGGUAACUGACAUUGAUGCCCUCUCCGAAGGCAAUGAGACUGUUGUCGGCGACCUUGGCUGCAACUUGAGCGGUGGUCAGCGUCAACGAGUAGCAUUGGCACGUGCUAUGUACAGCGCCAAACCAAUAAUCAUUCUUGACAAUUCAUUUAGUGGCCUAGAUGCACAAACAGCCGCACUCAUCUAUCGCAAUCUUUUCGGGCUGGGUGGUCUAUUGCGUGUCUCCGAGACAACGACAAUUAUGACAACGACCAUGGCAGAACAUUUGGAGUUUGCGGCACAAGUGGUUGUGCUAGGCGAGCACUGCACAACUCAAGUUGUAAAGCCAGAGGAUUAUGCAAAUCUACCUCCAUAUAUUAGCAGGCGUCGAGCGACAGAGACCAGUGAUUCUGAGUCAGAGCAGUUCAAUGAGGACGAAAGCCAGCCAAGGAGUCGAGCAGUGCAACACGCCAUGGCACAGGAGCCUGAGGUCCCUAGUGAAAAGCAGCUAGCGCGUCAGAGAGGCGAUUUCGGCAUGUAUAACGCUUACAUCAAAUCCAUCGGCUGGGGUCGUUACCUCUUCUGGUUGCUUUUAACCGCAUUUUCCGUUGUUGUUACCAGAUUUCCUGUGGCUUUUAUUCGAAUUUGGUAUUCCAAAGAUGGAGGGGAUACCACGUACUUCGCCGGUUUUGCGACCAUUUACUUUUUCUCAACCUUCACGUGGAUUUUAGCCUACGGUUACUGGUACAACAAUCUAAUACUGGACAGCGUCGUCAACCUCCAUCGUGACUUGCUGCACUCAGUAAUGCGGUCAACUUUGUCUUUUAUAUCUGGUGUUGAGCGGGCAUCUCUUCUCAAUAGAUUCAGCGAAGACAUGGCAAUUUUUAGCCAACAACUUGGUCCUAUUAUGACAACUGUUGUUUCAUGUCUCUUCCUUGUUAUUGCCGAUUUUAUUUUGGUCUGCACCUCAUCUGCGAUCAGCGUCAUUUUGAUUCCUUCGGUGGUUGUUCCAGUAUAUUUGCUGCAGUCGUUUUACCUACGAACAUCGCGGCAAAUGAGGCAACUGAGUCUCGAAACCAAGGUUCCGAUUGUGAAACAAAUUACCGAGGUCUCCAGCGGCAUAGAGCAUAUCCGAGCUAUGAAGAUGCAAGACUAUCUCCUCGCCGACGGCUUUAAACACAUUGAUAAUAACUCCAAGCCUGUGUAUAUGCUCCGGUGUAUUCAACAGUGGCUUUGGCUAGUUAUCAACCUUGUCGUGACAUUCAUUGCCGUUAUGAUUAUGACUAUUGCGCUCACUGCCCGGCAUUUGGCAUCAGAUAACUCUAUUGGAGUUGGUAUGGUGGCAUUGAUCCCCCUAAGCGAUAACCUCGGUAAUGUCAUUCGCUCUUGGAUGAGUUUAGAAACCUCUUUAGGUGCUAUGUGGCGCCUAAAGUGGUUUACCGAAAACACACCGACAGAACAAAAUGAGACUGCACUAGACGCAGAUGACGUACGACUCAAAAACUGGCCGGAGACAGGUGCCAUCGAAUUCCGAGAAGUUAACGCUUCGUAUAGCAUUGGAAGUCGGCGCGUCCUUGGCGGUUUGUCGUUUUCUGUUGCUCAUGGCCAAACCUUUGGGCUUAUUGGACGUACUGGCUCUGGCAAAUCAUCCAUCCUCCUGACAGCGCUGAAUUUCCUCAACUAUGCUGGCGUCAUUACAAUCGGCAACCUUGAUCUGAGAAACAUACCACUGGAUAUCCUGCGGCGUCGCAUCACGACAAUUACGCAGAGUUCUAUUGAGUUACCUGGGAGCGUUCGCGCCAACUUAUAUCCAUAUCCGGAUUCUGCAACAGAAUUAGAUGACAAAGUCAUAAUCGAUGUGUUGGAAUUUCUAGGUAUAUGGGACUAUGUUGAUGCUAAUGGCGGUCUAGACGCGGAUAUUGCCCACUUGAAACUCUCCACUGGUCAACGUCAGCUCAUCAAUAUUGCUCGCGCGUUCCUACACCACAAACAGAAUAAGUCAAGAAUCGCCCUAAUGGAUGAGGUAACAACGUCCCUCGAUGAGGCAACCGCAAAGCGUGUUCUUGAGGCCAUCGAGGACACAUUUGAGGACUGCACGAUCCUGAUGGUUGAGCACCGUGAGUCGGCUCUUGAGCAUAUGGACCUUUCGCUUGAGCUGCGGGGUGGCUACGCAGUCGCUUUGGUAGACCGUACCAAAGCCCAUCAGAAUACUCUGGCAGCAAUUCGUGAAAGAAAGGCUCGUGAACAGAGUGUAAAGGAGGAAGCCAGCAAGGGGUCAGUUGGAAUGUUCAGUGAAGUCUCGGAAAGCCGAAUGCGUCGGUCUGCGGAGUCAUCUCACUGAAAGAUCGAGUGAGAAUACCAUAUCUAAGAGCGUCAUUCUGUUUCUCUUUUUUUUCAUGUACAUUUUGUUUUGUCUUGCAUUAUCUCUCUAGUACAUAAUCUUCGGUGUAAAAGCGCAAGUACCUAGUAUAAUAACAGCCACAUGGGCCUGUUCUCCAGUUUAUAGCUGCCUCAUAAACCCAAAAAGAAAAUGUCUUACUUUUCUUCACCAUCACUAUUUGUGCCCUCUAUUGUCGUAUUCGGGUCCAAAGCCUCUACAGCUUCCCUCUCCGCCAUCAGUCGCGCCAUCUUUACACACUUGUCCGAUGUGUAUUUAUCCUUCAUGCGCUUUGUUUGAGGCACCGGUUUUGUUCUAACUGGUACUGUUUCCAACAGCCCUUCGGCUUGCAGUGUCUUGAAAACAAAUAAUCGACGGUUGUUCAAGCUAAACAUGUCGCCAGUGGUAGGAUCAAGCAAGACACUGAUGGGUGGGAGGUCCUCGGCACGAAGCUCUUUGUUGCGGAUAGCGUUUAGGGUAUCUUCGAUACGACGACCACAGGAGAACUUUGGUCUGAGCCGAGAAAACGUAAAGUAAACAUCUUUAGGGUCGACUCGAGUGAGUGACAUUAUGUGUGGUCGGAAUUUAUGGCUGUAUGGGCUGAAUUAUUUUAUAUUUGGCUUAGUAUCUGCUUAUAAAAGCGAAACCUGAUCUUGUGUGUUUUUUUGUUGAUGCUUGUUUCUGGUAGACUGGUUUGUUCAAGCUGGGUCACGUGUUGAGCAGUCAGCGCAUCCUCCCGUUGAUAUAUCCGACAAGCUUUCACCACUGCACCGACGACCAACAUUGUCGAUUGCCUGAAAAUGAGUAACAGCCGGUCAAUGUCGGAAAAGUCGAACCCUCAGCAAUUUUUGAUUGGCAGUUGAACUGAAAGCGCAGCAAACGGAGAGAGACAUGGUUCUAGGCUCACAGCAUGGCACACUAAAGGCAGGAGAAACUGCGUUUUGGCACCUCAGCCCAAGAACCCAAGAAUCGUCCGCGAUAAUGCGUCUAAAUAAAGCAAAAACGAUAUUAUCGACUGAAAGGACUUGCUAAGAGGUUGUUUUCAGUGCGGAAUACGACAGCAACAUGGAAAUGUACAGGAUGGACUUGAAGCUGCAGUCUGUUUAACAAAAAGAUGGAAUCAUACUGGUAUAUUCAGUAUAUUCGAAGUAUAAUUUGUCAUUUUGAAAGUGCUUUUACUCGUUUGUCAGCACAUAUCGGAAACGAGGUUUGCCGGCGGCAAGAUCUAGGAGAGCAGCGUUUGUAUCACUCAUUGGACGCGUCUCAACCCAAGGCCGGAUAUCCUUAUCCACACAAAACUGCAUCAUUUCGGCAAUUUCCUUCGGACUUGCAAGAGCAGAGCCAGCGACACGACGCCGACCGAGGAUAAGAGCGAAUGGUGCAAGAGGAAUGGGUGUUUCGGGUGCUCCCACUUGGAUCAGGGUUCCAUCAAACGCUAGAGCUCGAAGGUAGUUGUUAAACUUGGGCUGUACAGAAAUGAAAUUGGUUAGCGGCGCAGUUAAGUGGAAACAUGGUACUGAUAGAGCUGAAAACAUUGGAUCAAACUUACGUCCGAGGAGGAAAUGGUUGAGAUGAUGAUGUCAAACCGGUCUACAUUCUUACUGACCCAGUUCUCAUCAUCAGCGGUGGCAAUGUAGUCGUCGCAGCCCAAUGAAAUAGCUUCGUCGCGCUUAGCCUCCCGUCUAGAAAUGCCCACUACUUGGUCGGCACCCAUAGCCUUGGCGAAUAGCACAGCAAAAUGGCCAAGGCC